AUGACGAGUUUUCAACCCGAUUUGACGUUUUCGACGACUCCGAUGGUGCGUCAGCUGAUGAUGAUAACUUUACUAUAUACGGCGAGCGUGAGGAGAAAGAUGAAGAUUUACCGAGGUCAAAACAGAGGUCAUUACUUUGGCAAAGUAGGAUCGAUUGGGAACUCGGAGUCUUUAACGGUGGAGAUGGCUAAGCUAAACCUCGUCGUAGGACAACGAUACGCGAACAAAGACGAGUUGGAGAAACGAGUGAAACUUCUUGCAGUGAGAGAUGGAUUUGAUUUUUCAGUACCAAAAUCAAAUACGACUAUAGUGAAUAUUAAGUGCUGGGUUGAAGGAUGUCUUUGGAGAGUUCGUGCAUCUCAAGAAGGAGAUCAGCCUGGUUUUGUUGUUCGUAUAUAUGAUUCGGUACACACAUGUUCUGUGACGGAGAGAUCCAAACAAGCUACACCUGAUGUUUUGGGACCUCUUUACAGGGACUUUCUUGGUGACAUUGGUCCGUUAGUUAAACCUAAAAGUGUUGGAAUAAUCAUCAGUAAGCAUUUUGGCAUAAAGAUGGAUUAUUGGAAGUCAUACAAGACGCUAAGGUUUGCAAGACAGAUCGAUAUGGGAACUCCUGAGGGAAGUUUUGGAGAAUUGCUUUCCUACCUAUACACGAUAAGACGGGCAAAUCCGGGUACAAUAACGCGUCUUCAAAUUGACGAGUCUGACAGAUUCAAGUAUGUCUUCAUUGCUUUUGGUGCGAUUGUUGCUGGGUUUGCUUACAUGCGGAAAGUUGUUGUUGUGGAUUGUACGUUUUUACACGGUAGUUACAAAGGGACGCUUCUAACAGCCCUAGCUCAGGAUGGAAAUUUCCAAAUUUUCCCAAUAGCUUUCGCAGUUGUUGACACUGAAAAUGAUGAUUCUUGGCGUUGGUUUUUUACACAACUCAAAGUUGCUAUUCCAGACGAGAGGAAUCUUGCGAUCAUCUCGGACAGACAUAAGUCAAUAGGGAAAGCAAUUGGUGAAGUGUAUCCGUUGGCUUCUCGUGGAAUUUGCACUUAUCAUUUGUACAAGAACAUAUUGGUGAAGUUCAAAGGGAAACAUUUGUUCCCACUUGUGAAAAAAGCUGCUAGGUGUUUUCGGAUGGCUGAUUUUACAGAAGCAUUCAAUGAGAUUGAAGCGCUUCAUCCUGAACUACAUGGAUAUCUCGAAAGAGCUGGGGUGCAAAUGUGGGCGCGUGUUCAUUUCCCGGGUGAAAGGUACAACCUAAUGACUUCGAACAUUGCAGAAUCUAUGAACAAAGCACUAUCAAAUUGUAGAAGUCUUCCCAUAGGUCGUGUAACUGCAUCAAGACUUUUUGAAGUACAACCGAUUGAUGCUUUACGUGUACAAGUACAAUAUGGGACAUCUUUGCAUGCUGUAAAUUUGGAUGCAAAAAGAUGUACAUGCCGCCGUUUCGAGCACGAGAAAAUACCAUGCGUCCAUGCAAUCGCAGCUGCAGAGCAUAUGGGUGUGUCUCGUAUUUCACUGGCCGAUCCGAACUACCGGAGCAAUUAUUUGGUUAACGCGUACGCUGAUUCAAUCUCACCUCCGGGUACUGCACUCUCGGUUCCUGCAAUUCCAGGAAGGCCGAAGAAAAGCAGGAUUAAAUCAACUGUGAAAAUUGCACUUGAGAAUAAACGCCCGAGGAAACCACACGCAUGUUCUCGAUGUAAAGAAGUUGGGCAUAAUGCAAAAACUUGUCGGAAGUAG